GUUAGCGCUCUACGUGUAUGAAUAUCUGCUCCAUGUAGGAGCUCAGAAAUCGGCCCAAACAUUUUUAUCAGAGAUAAGAUGGGAAAAAAACAUCACACUGGGGGAGCCGCCAGGAUUCCUACACUCUUGGUGGUGAGACUCCACCUCAAAGUACCAUCCCUCAGGGAGUCAGGACUUCAGCGUCUGAAUUUGGAGAAGGAUUUUAAUAAGAAGGAAAAACAGUUUUUUUUUCCCACUUAGUGGAGAAAGGACUGCAUGAUACAUAAGAUGCUGAAGGGUGACAGUGCUGGCGUCUCAGGGUUAGCUCCUCUAAGUGUGUUUUGGGAUCUCUACUGUGCAGCUCCAGAGAGACGGGAAACAUGUGAACACUCAAGUGAAGCCAAAGCCUUCCAUGAUUAUAGUGCUGCAGCAGCUCCCAGCCCCGUGCUAGGAAACAUGCCCCCAGGAGAUGGCAUGCCAGUAGGUCCCGUGCCACCAGGGUUCUUUCAGCCUUUUAUGUCCCCUCGGUACCCUGGAGGCCCAAGGCCCCCGUUGAGGAUACCUAAUCAGGCACUUGGGGGUGUCCCAGGAAGUCAACCAUUACUCCCCAGUGGAAUGGACCCAACACGACAACAAGGACAUCCAAACAUGGGUGGACCAAUGCAGAGAAUGACUCCUCCAAGAGGAAUGGUGCCCUUAGGACCACAGUCUGACCCUUGGUUAUCAUUACAGAGCUAUGGAGGAGCAAUGAGACCCCCACUGAAUGCUUUAGGUGGCCCCGGAAUGCCCGGAAUGAACAUGGGUCCAGGUGGUGGUAGACCUUGGCCAAACCCAACAAAUGCCAAUUCAAUACCAUACUCCUCGGCGUCCCCUGGGAAUUAUGUAGGUCCUCCAGGAGGUGGUGGGCCACCAGGAACACCCAUCAUGCCUAGUCCAGCAGAUUCAACCAAUUCUGGAGACAACAUGUAUACAUUAAUGAAUGCAGUACCUCCCGGGCCUAACAGACCUAAUUUUCCAAUGGGUCCCGGAUCAGAUGGCCCCAUGGGUGGAUUAGGAGGAAUGGAGUCCCAUCACAUGAACGGCUCUUUAGGCUCAGGAGAUAUGGACAGUAUUUCCAAGAAUUCUCCCAAUAAUAUGAGCCUGAGUAACCAGCCGGGCACUCCAAGGGAUGAUGGUGAAAUGGGGGGAAAUUUCUUAAAUCCUUUUCAGAGUGAGAGUUACUCCCCCAGCAUGACCAUGAGUGUGUGAUCCAUUACCACGUCUCCUCAUGAGAGCCAUCGUGAGUCUGCCCUUGACAGAGCUACCGCGGAAGAAACCUACUCAUCAGUGUACAGCGAAACAGAGGGUCUCAGUCACCCAAACCAGCCGUUUAGUUCCUGCUCUCUCCCUGAUUCUGUGAAGAAAGCGGGUCCAAAUGUGAUUCAAACAACUGUACGCAGUGGCACACUAGCAUUGCCUAAACUGAACUGCAAAUGAUUCUCUGUGUAUGUAUAUGUGUGGGAAAGAGAACGUAUCGUAUAUGCAGAUCUAUAUGCACAUAUACGCAUACAAGCAUUGACCCACAGGACAUUGUAAGAUAUUAUCACAUGACAUCUUAAGUAGAAGUAAGUAGGGACUUUUAUUCCAUCCUUUUUUUCACGUUUACAUUUUAAUUAUUAAAGGUUGCUCCUGCCCCUCCCUGAACUAUUUUGUGCUGUGUACAUCACUGCUUUAUAUAAGUUAUUUUUUAAGGUGAACUCAGAUGUUAUGGUUUUGUAAAUGUCUGCAAUCAUGGAUAGGAAUAAAAUCGCUUAUUUGAGAGCUUUCACUCACUCGUGUCUGAUGCAAGCUGCCCAUGGGUCAGAGUGUACUGUGCGGAGAAAAGCGUCUUCAGCCUCGGGUCCAGCCAGGCGUGUACCCAGUUACCUUCUGUGCACAGUGUGGU